GGGGCGAUUUUACAAAUGGCUGAGACGGCUGUUCGUUUUCAUCAAUGUCCUUUUCGCAAUUGGAGGUAUGAUCCUUCUGGCUGUGGCAAUUUACUUUCAUUACAAGUAUUUUAACAUAUUAAAGGACAUUGAGUUGAUGUAUGCUAUAACGAUCGUCCUCUAUGUCAUCGGAGCAAUUACCAUAGUGAUCUCCUGUCUUGGGAUAUAUGGCGCUCUCAAAGAGGAAAACUGGCCUUUGGUUGUGUAUUGCGUAUGGAUGGUACUGGGCAUAAUUGUGUUUCUGGUGGAUGUCGUGGUUGAAGAUGACACAGCAGAACCGCAGAAAUUCUCAACAGUGGAAGAGUACUUCCGUCAGUUUCAACUGGAUGAAGAGGGUGAUAACCACAAGCCGUUUAUUGACAUGUAUCAGUCUGAGUUUCAGUGCUGUGGGCAUUUCACAGGACCCCAAGACUGGGGGACACACAUACCAGCCUCUUGCCUGUGCGCUGAAGAAGACAUAGAUAGCUCUAUUUGUCAGGUUGUGAAUGCUUCAUACAUAGUGCGGGAUGAGGAAGUACAUGUGGGAGGGGCGCAGGAACAAGUGUACAAAAUGCUUGUUGGUCUGGUGCUGGCCGUGGUGCUUCUUUGCCAAAUGCGUAAGAGCAGUGGGGUUACCAGUGUUAAUACACAGGCGUGA